UUGUAUCCCACUGUAUCACCAGCCGCAACAUCUUAAAAGGGAUUUUCGUUUGGAUUUAUGAUAGUCCGAUUUACAAACUAAAUACAUAGUUGAAUGGUUGCAUAUAAAAUAUAUGUAAAAGAUAUGUUUAUUUAGUGGUCAAUACAAAUAUCAAAAUGUCGUCACUGACUGUUUAUAUUUUCAUUUGUGCAGCUUUAACUCUCACUAUAGUAUCCGGUCAGAAAUGUCCAGCCGGCUGGUAUGGCUACUCAUUAAAGAGCAAAUGUUACCGAUUUGUGAGUAAAAACUCAAUGACCUGGCAAGAUGCCCGGGAUUUCUGUCAGAUACAUGGAGGGGAUCUACUAAGGAUAGAUUCCAACGCCGAACAGAACUGGAUAUUUCAGCAGUUGAAAAACAUGAGAAAUCACAGCCACAUACCGCUAUCUCACUGGUGGGUCGGCAUGAACAACAGAGAGUUCCUGUCAAAAUGGGAGUGGGCUGACGGUGCUCCUGUCGGCAGCUUUAUACACUGGGCACCUCACGAGCCGAACAAUCACAAUGGUGUAGAAAGAUGUGGUGAAAUAUGGGGAGUAAACACAUUUAACGACGAAUCCUGCUCUACCAAAUAUAAAUUCAUAUGCUGGAGAAAUAGAGGUAUUCCCCUGACAUGUGAUGCUGACAGAGGCUGGCAGUCGUUGAACGGAGCUUGUUACAAGGUUUAUACACAAAGGAGAAAUUGGAAUGCCGCACAACAUCAGUGCAGUCAUGAUGGAGCUGCCAUGGUAACGAUAGACAAUUUGAAUGACGAGAUAAGCAUGCAUGACUUCGCCGUCAACAUCAAACAACCACUGUGGAUAGGGCUUUAUACACAGAAGGUUGGGAAUCAAGCCCAAUGGAUGUGGACAAAUAACACCGCUUUAACCACAAACUACUGGCAUGGUACACCACACGUCAACAGGGCAAAUCUAAACAAUACAUGUGCAGUUGUUUCUAAUUCUCUACCCACAAAGACCGCAUGGAAUCCAUCAAGUUGUAGAGUCAACAGACCUUUUGUCUGCCGGAAACCAGAAGGUGUAUGUCUGCCUGGCUGGGUAGGUCAUCGGGGUAAUUGCUGGCAAUUUAACGCUCAAUACAAACUGAAUUUCAACGCAGCUGUGAACUUCUGUAAGCAACAAGGGGCAACACUUUUAAAAAUAGCAAGGGACAGCGAUGAGUUUUUCUUGAUCAGUUACCUUGAUGAGCUCAGAGACAGUGGUGUCACCAACUUUUGGAUUGGAGCUUCUGAUAAGCAUCCAACUGACGGACAAUAUAAAUGGGCGGAUGGUUCCACUAUAACAUUCAAACAUUGGGCAGCACCACACAAUACCCCCACUAAUACAAAGAACAGGAAGGAUUGCGUUUACGUACGUACAAAUGACGCAAGCGGGUUGUGGAGAACAACAGUGGCCUGCCAGCGUGCCUAUCCUUUCAUAUGUAAGAUACCAAUGGGUCGUAAUGUGACCAUACCUCCUAGAACACCAAGACCACAGUUUGGAUGUCCUGCGGACUGGAAACAGUUUCAACAAUGGUGUUUUAAAGUUAGUGAUCGGGCACUACCAUAUGCACAAGCAAGGAGCGAUUGUCAGAAGACACAAGGAGCAGAUCUAGCAAAAAUCACCGCAGCAAAUAUGCAGGGAUUUGUAAACGGGAAAGUGAAACAAAAUAUAAAUUACUGGAUAGGUUUGAACGACCGUGUGACAAACAAUGUUUAUGUCUGGAAUGAUGAAACAAUACCGCUGACUGGAUAUACAAACUGGCGUAAAGGUGAACCAAACAAUUAUAGACAUCAUGAAAACUGUGCUGUUCUGAAUAAUGGACAAUGGAAUGAUUAUAACUGUGCUGCGAGAACACAAUAUAUAUGUUCAAUGACUGCAGGGAGUCCAUUGGCGAGCCUACCACCAACAACUCCUCAAGCUGACUGGACGAUUAAAUGUGGGCCUGGUUGGGAAUCAAAUCCACUCACCGCUUAUUGCUACAUGUUUGUUGACCAACCCUUGUCAUGGCUUGAUGCAUUAACUCAGUGUAGGGCUUAUAGAGGACAGCUAGUCUCAAUCGAAUCAAGUCAGGAAAUCAACUAUCUGGCAGCUCGGAUGCAGUCAAUGAACUCAUUAGCCGUAUGGACGGGCGCCAAUGACAGGGGUUCAGAAGGGGGAUGGAAAUGGAUCAACGGAAAACCCUUUGCCUUCUUUAACUGGGCACCAGGUCAACCAUCCGGCCAUGCUCUAGGUCAAGGUCAAGAUUGUGUUGCAAUGUUCACGCAAAGUGCACUCUGGGAUGAUGUGGAUUGUACGACCAGAAAUGGAUACAUUUGUGAAAAACAAGGAAAUGUUCCGAGGACUACAGUACAAACAACACCAACAGUCAAAAUCCCUGCUGGUAUGGUUCUCGGCUGUCCACGUUACUGGUUACCGUUCAGAAACAGUUGCUACAGGGUGAUAAGAAGAGGUGGAACCCAGGCAGCAGCACAGACCUCGUGUGGUAGGAUGGGAGCAAAACUGGUCAGCAUUUUCGAUAGAAAUGAAAACAACUUCAUCGCCGGUAACUUACCUAAAGGUACCCACAGCUGGGAUGGGUUUUGGAUUGGGCUUAAUGAUAUACAGGUUGACAAUCGUUUCCAGUGGAGUGACGGCAGCAAAGUGACAUAUACAAACUGGAAUACAAACGAACCAAACAACUAUAUGAACAGAAACGAAGACUGUGUCACCAUGUUAUUAAGUAAUGGAAAAUGGAAUGAUGAAAGGUGUGCAGAUACUAGGACAGGCUAUAUUUGCAAGGCGAGGAAGAAGGCGGUAUCUGCAACACAGGCACCUUACAUUCAAGGAUGUAACUGGAAUGCAUACGGAGUUGGAGCUAAUUGUUACAAACUUGUUAAUUAUGGCAAACCUAUGACCUGGGAUGCCGCGAACUCCUACUGUAACAGAACGUUCAAAGGAUCUUUGGCAACUGUCAACGACAGAAUUUUACAAGCAUUUUUGUCCAGCAUGUUGGUAUGGAAAUCUGGCUAUUUUUGGAUUGGUUUGAGCGACAAGUCCUCGCCUGGUAAAUAUACAUGGAAGACAGGUGAUUCCGUACAGUACACCAACUGGUACAGUACACAUACUGGAAAUGAGAGAUCCACGUGCGUUGCUAUGGAAGCAACACCGCCUACAGGAUUAUGGGUAAACAAAAACUGUUCAACACCGAGUUUUUCUAUUUGUCAGUUCCCAAGGACGGGAUAUACUCCGACAACGACACCAACUCCGUGGCCUAACGUUAACUGUCCUUCAGGCUGGACUGCUAGCCAGGGAUUUUGUUAUAAAGCUUUUGCAAAUCAAAGUACUGUUAAAACAUGGAUGGAGGCAGUGGCUUACUGCCAGACAUUCGGCGGUAAUUUACCUAGUUUCCAUAUCAACAACAAUGAUUCUAUUUUGACCACAUUAUUAGCGAAUUACAGAGGCAGACCUUUCUGGAUCGGAUUUAAUGACAGAGACACUGAAAAGGGAUUUCAAUGGAGCGAUGGUAGUGCUGUUGACUACACAAACUGGAAUCCUGGGGAACCCAAUGAUUUUCAUGGUUACGAAGAUUGUGUAGUGUACAACCCGGGAGCCGGUUGGAAUGAUCAGAAUUGCUACUUUUCUUCACGCUUUGUCUGCGCAGUACCCAGAGGAACAAAUUUCGCAGCCGUUACACCUCCUCCAACAGGAGUUCCAUCGGCUCAAUAUUGCGGUGACCCCAGCUGGCUACUGUAUAAAGGCAACUGCUACCAGCUGAGUCCUGCCACAGGAGAUAAUUCCUCAUUGCCGUGGUAUGAUGCCAACACAUACUGCAUGAAUCAACAAUCAAACCUUGCUAGUAUGCAUUCCCAGGACGAACAUUCUUUCAUACUGCAAUAUAUAACAAAACGUCCUGCAAAAAUAUUUAGUUACUGGAUUGGACUUGAUUCUUUGAAUGGCGACGGUUUCAAGUGGACAGAUCAAACGCCGCUUGAUUUUGAUUUCUGGAGUCCAAAUGAACCCAAUAACUAUUUCGGCAGUGAACAGUGUGUAGAAAUGAGGCGGGCUUACGGACUAUGGAAUGAUGAUCACUGUAGUCAGGCGAAGGCUUUCGUUUGCAAAAAGCCCCAGAAAGGAGCUGCGACCAUUGUAACUCCGUCACCUUACCCAUCGGGCGGGUGCGCACAGGGAUUUACACGUGCACCUGGUGGCAGAAAUAAAUGUUUCUAUAUCGGUGGUGCAAAUCCAAGUUUACGGUUAAAUUACACGGCUGCCUACCAGUUGUGUAGAAAAUUUGGCACCGGAUACGAUAUUGCCAGCAUUGAAGACAUUUUUGAGCAAGAAUUUAUUUUGACUAUGACAAAAGGAAUAACAUACCCUCUUUGGAUCGGUAUGAACGAUAGACAUGGAAAUAAUAAAUUUUACUGGCAGAAUAGUGCACCAGUAUUGUUCACAAACUGGGAUAGAGGAGAGCCGACUAGCUCGCACCAAGGUUCACCGCAGCAACAUGUACAAAAUUGUGUACUUAUGCGCACUAGUGCAAGCCAUGCAGGAAGAUGGGCUGACCAAGCUUGCUCGCCAAAACUUGGGUACAUCUGUCAGUCUAAACAAGACCCCAAUUUACCUGUAAUGAAACCACCAACCGGUAGCUGUAAGACAGGCUACAGUUUUUACAUGGGCAGUUGUUACAAAGUCAGUAAAACAUCAAAGAAUUGGAAUGACGCACAAGCCGACUGCAAGAAUGAUAACGGAAAUCUGGCAUCUGUCACUAGCAUCCAGGAAUCAGCUUUUAUACAUGUUCUUGUAAACGGUGCUUUUCAAUAUUGGGUCGGUCUGUCGGACACACAAACGAGAGGACUUUAUCAGUGGUCGGAUGGUUGGCCAGUAUUUUUUAGUAACUGGGGAUGGAAGGAACCGUCUUAUGGUCGGAAAAAUACAACAGGGUGUGUUUUAGUGAAUAUGAGAGGCAAAUGGAAUGAUACAGAUUGUACGAGAAAGCUACAUUACGUCUGCAAAAUAUCACAAGGUGGUCCUCCUAAACCAACGGCGGUCUCAACAGGAAAAUGUUCAGAUCCAAGUUCAAUACCGAAUGCCGCUAACGAUUUCUGCUACAAAGUUUACGCUAUUAAUGGUCGAUCUUGGCCGGAAGCAAACUAUCUUUGUCAAAACAAAGGACAACAACUUGUGUCCAUACAUUCACAAGCUGAACUGGAUUUUGUUGUUCAGUUAGUCAGACAGGCGAAAGCGCCAAAUCCUUCAUAUAGACCAAACGUGUGGAUUGGCCUUCAGCAAGGGGGAAAAGGUUCUUACAAAUGGAGUGACGGGAGCACCAUGAACUUCAUCAAAUGGAAAGUAGGGGAACCUAGUAACCUCGGUACUCAUGGGCAACUUGAGCAGUGUGUCGAACUCGACAGAGACAAUGCUACAUACAAUGAUAUAAGUUGUUUUACCAAUAGAGGAUACGUCUGUAAAAGUCCUAAAGUAAUGCCUUCGACCGCACCCUAUAUACCCGGAUCAGGCGGCCCUGGACGUCCUACAGGAAGCAAUGGCUUGCCGAUAUAUGUGGCUACCACAGGAUCCGGCGGGGUUUUGAUAGGACAAGGUUCGUCCAAGUUACCUAGCAUCACAAAUGCCAAUGGGCAACCUGUAGCGAAUGGUGCACUCGGUCAAUCCGGUUCGAAUGUUCAAACAAACAACUCAAACCUUGGACUGAGCAAUGGCGGGAUAGCUGGAGUUGUCAUCGCCUGUGUAGUUAUUAUUGUUCUUGUAGCAUUCCUUCUCGUUUAUUUAAAGAGAAUGGGAAAAAUAAAGCCACCUGCAUUCGAUGGUUCAUUAGGAUUUGAAAACGCUACUUACAGUAGAUCUAAUGACAAAAUUCAGCUGGAUUCAGAUGCGUAGAUUGAAAAUAUGUGUGAUCGCUGAUAAAUGCAUUUAUACAAUACUCGUAUCGUGUUAAUACUCCUAUUUAUGUAUGUAUUAUUGUCCAUCAUCGUCAGUAAAGUUACUUUACGGUGAUACGCCAAAUGAGGUAUCUGUGAAGUGCAACCUGAAUAUUGUAUACAUGUAAAUACACCAUUCUAACAUAGACAAGAAUGUAUCUUAUUCUGGAGGUCUGGAUAUUCUGUGCAUGCGUUAUUUAACUUGUUAUCAUGAUGUUCUACUUCUCGACAAUUCAUUCAUGUGUUGCAGUAUUACCUUAUCCCAGGACAUCUCUUAUUUUAGCAUUACAUAGAUAUAAUUAUGUUUCAAGUUUUCGAUGAAUUUAUAUCAUUCACAUGUUAUCCAUGAUAUUUGCUACAAAUAAAUAUUUGAAGAAGA